AGCCGCGCGCACAGCGAACAGAGGAGGACACGAAGCCAGUGGAGAUAAAGACCACCAGAGACCAGGACCUCGGACAGCGAGCAGAGCGCCUUCUCCAGACCUCAUACAGAUCAGUGGUCCCAGCGGCUCCUGUCCGUGACUUCCGUCCUCACUGCUCGUUUCCGUCCUCAGGUGUAAAGCCAUGUUACAACGAACCGGCCCCCAGCUGCUCUUCCUCAUCGCCCUGUGCAGCGCGCUGUACUCCCGGACUCUGAGUCUGCCUUACACCUCCAUGCGGCCCCCCCGGCACGCGGACGGGCUGUUCACCAGCGGCUACAGUAAGCUGCUCGGGCAGCUGUCCGCGCGCAGGUACCUGGAGUCUCUGAUCGGGAAGCGGGUCAGUGACGAGUUGAUGGAGGAGCCGGUGAAGCGCCACUCUGACGCCAUCUUCACAGACAACUACAGCCGCUUCCGCAAACAGAUGGCCGUGAAGAAGUACCUGAACUCGGUGUUGACGGGGAAGAGGAGCCUCGAGGAUCCGGGAACCAGCGACCUGGAGGAGUCCAGAGACGAAGGCCCCGCCCCCCAGGAGAACUACGAUGACAUCGCCGUGGAUCACCUGCUCAACAACCUGCACCUGCCACUUUGAGGAGCGGCUUGUUCCAGCAAACACCUCCAGCCGCCCCCCCGCUCCAAAACGCCUCGUCAGCAUCGCUCCGAGACGCCGUUUGGGAAGUGAAGCCGCUGAUGAUGAUGUGUUCUCCCAUGUGGUUCUGUAAUUAUUCAUCCACACAUGUUUACACUCUAUGUAAAUACAUGUAUGUACACGCUACACUGCAUAGACUCUACACACGCAUGACCACGUGCUCCAUCGCAGCAAAAGCAAAUUACCAUUUACUUUCCUUUCAGGUCACUGUUGUUCCGUUGACUUUCAUUGAAGCCGUCUCUCUGUCGCUCUGAGUUUGAUGGUGAAAUGUAUCCCGUUGACUCCCAGUUAAAGAGUCAACCCACCGAAUGUCAAUAGAACAGCAUUUACUCUCAUUAGUGUACCUUUCCCGUUGAUUUUGAGCGGAUCUACUAUGACUCAGUGUUUCAUCAGUUAACUGUUCGAAUGAAUUCUCAAUUAGAACAGUUACCUUAACUUUCAAUAGGGAACGUUUGCUAAUCCUCAGUGGACUGCCAGCACCAUUGACUUUCAGCAAAACAGGGAAGUCAAACUGUUCUAUUAACCUCAUUUGAAACGUGACUCUAUUUACUUUUAGUAAGAAAAUGAUCGAAAUAGAAACGAACAUUUUUGUCACUUUUGUUUCUAAAACAAGCUUUAAGAGGAACAAGGUUUUAAUAGAACUGCUGCCCAACAAAUUGGUGGGAAAUUUGUCCAACACAUUAUAAUAAAAAAAAUAACAUAUUGAACCUGAAUGAACAGCAUUUGCUUCAAUAGAGCAACAUUUUCAUUGAAUUUCAUCUGUGAAUGGAACCUCUGUGUGAUUUUCACAAACCAAGGUUUCCAUUAACCUUUGAAUUGACUUUGAAGAAAAUAAUGAAUCUUUAAUUGGAAAUGAACACAAUUAACUUUUAGAGAAACCGCUGCUUUACAGAACUUUUUAAGGGCAUAUUUAUCCCAAUGAAAGUUAAUGUAACAACUGUUCGACUCAUUUCAAGUGUAAUUUAUCCCAUUGACUUUCAGUCGAACAUGUGACUCGUUGAACUCGAGUAAAAACAGAUUUUUCAGUCUCGUUUCAAACUUUCAGUGGAUCAUUAUAUUUAAAUUCAAAGCAUCUUUCUGAAGUCUGAUUGGCUUUCACUAACCAGUAGUUCCAUAGACUUCCAAAAGAGAAUUCUAACACCGUUGACUUUCCGUGGAAUCACAAAUUCACAGAUACGAUGUGUAAAUGACGAUUGGACUGCUUACAGUGCAUAGAAGUGUUCUUCUAUUAGACAACACAUGUUGUGCAGAAUUAACAGGUUUUAUUUCCAAAGGUUCACAAAUCAGGAUCGAAGUGCUGACUUGUUUUCAGAGAAUCCAAACGCGGUCGUUUCACCAUUAAAAGGCAUUUAAUCACUUUACACUAUUCCAUAUGUAGAGCAAAGACCUCACAACACAGUACAACAUCAUGAGCAUAGACCACAGUGAUGUACACCACUCACCGAAUAAAAGAUAUGGUUUUAUUUUUCAAAGCUGA